CACCACAGCGUCGCACGCCAAGCAUUCCACCCCGAGAUACAACCGAGGGAGCCACCACAGCUCCCGCUGCUAGCCACCUUCCUCGUUUCCUUGGGAUUCUUGCUAAGCAUGACCCGGCGCAAGGAGGACGAGGAGUAGGUUCGGAAGGCCUGUGCAGCGAUAGAUGAUGGCAUGUCGGUCAGGAAGGCUGCUGAGGAUUUUGGGGUAGGUCGUACGUCCAUCGAAGACCGCCGCCGUGGCAAGGUGGCCAUGAACGCGAAGGUUGGUCCCGAGACCAUCCUGAGCAAUGAAGAGGAGGAUUCUCUGGAAGACAUUCUGCUGUUUGCUGCUCGCAACUUCUUGGCUGUGGAUCGGGUUCACCUCAGAGAUGCGGUGCGACGACUCUGCAACGACGGUCGGCGUAUCAUUUGGGAUCCAGAUGAGGGUCCGGGGAAAGAUUGGCUUGCGGGCUUCCUUCGUAGGCACCCACGGGUGGCGGAGCGCUCGACUCGCAUCUACGAGGCAAACAGGAUGACCGAAGACGAGGAGCCUCGCAUGGUGCAGUUCCACGAGAGAUGGGCAGCUCUGCUCGACGAGGUCAAACCGGCGGCCAACCACGUGCACAACACGGACGAGACAGCUGGUUGUUCAAGGGAACCUGCGGCGACGAACGUGGUCGCUAACAUCAGCGCUGAUGAUCACACUUUGGCACCAACCAUCAUCUUCAAAGGGCAACGACUUCAGACCGAUUGGUUUGCAGAGCGAAACGGCCCGGAGGGUGCGAGGUACACCUGUACGGGUUCUUCGUUCAUGCAGGGAGACGUAUUCAUCGCCUACUUGAAGGAUUUCCACAAGCAGCUCGGCGACCGAGGGUUGCUGGACGGAAAACCCCACAUACUCUUGCUCGAUGGACAUGCAUCACACGUGAGCGUGGAGGUAAGCAAGCUGGCCAUGAAUCUCAAAAUCAUCUCGUUCCAGCUACCCUCCCACACGUCGCACAUCACCCAGCCCUUGGAUGUCGUCGCCUUCGGACGCUUUAAGAAGUCGGUGACCAGAGUUUUGGCGUCCUUCUACCACAACUCCGGCGGGUCGUUGCCGCUGAAACGCGACAUGCCCGGCGUGAUCGCGGAUGCUUGGAAAUUGAGCUUUGCACCGGAGAUAAAUAAAUCAUCAUUCGCUGGGGCGGGCUUGUGGCCUGUGAACAAGGAGCGGGCGCUGGGCCAGUUGAAGGGCACAGCGAACAAGAAAGAGCGGCGAGACGAGCGUCCACCCCUACAGGAUGUCCCCAUCGCCGCCCUCAACGAGCAGCUGGAAAUAGACAUCGGAGAAAGGGCCCUCAGGGUGCUGAAGGGGCAAGGGCACACCGUCACGGGAAUCCGAGAAGGCACGGUGUUACUCGAUGGCCUCUUGACUCAAAGGAAGCACGCGAAGAAGAUGGCGACCUCUCGGGGCUCGCUUGGCCUUCCCGACGGAGGAAACAUUACCGCGCCUGAGUUCCUGGACGCUGUUGCCGAAAAAGAACGCGCAGACAAGGCGGAGAGCGACGCGAAGGCUGCGAGGGCGAAAGUCCGCGAAGAAAAGAGGGCAACAAAGGCGGCCGCGGAGCUGUUGCGGCAGGCGCGCAUGGCCAAUGGAGGAAGGGGAUGGUGAGACGAGCGGGCGGGGGGAGGUAGGUGGGGGCCACGGCGUUGGUCGUGGAGACGGGGUGGGAGCGCGUGGCAGGGAGGGGGGCGCGGCCGGGUGGGGGGGCGCGGCCGAGUGGCUGGAGCAGAAGGGACGACUUUUUCGAAACGUCAGCCAGCGCCCUCCGUGUCCAGGGUUGGACAACAACGGACGCCGACACCCGUUGUCGACGUGUAGCCGUAUGGAUAUUUCUCACGUGUCCUGACAGGUUCAGAUUUGAAUCGAACACGCCCAAAUGGUCAUGAAGUUGUACCCGGAGUCGAUAUGCACCCUGUAGAACGUCGCAUAUGGUUCGCAGGCUAUGCGACGGUGAGUUUAGGGCGUGCCAGCACCGGGGGGGCAGGAUGCACAGGUUUUGAACCCAACCCGGGGAUGUCAUCAUUUUGUCCCCGGGUGACCUGUGUGUGUCUUUUUUUUUUUUUGCGACAGAUGUUUUUCGCUCAUGCUCACAGGUUCCCUCAGAAGCACCCGUCGCGGGGGUGUAAAGGUGGUUUGAAUCUACAGUUGUUUUCGGCGUUAAUUCUUACCGUAGCGGCAAGCCUAAAAUCGGGAAAAAGUAUCCUUAUUUAACCUUUUAUAUAUCAUCAGGUGUGCUCCAAUGGGCGUGGGAUUGUGCGUACAGUCGAAACAUACCCUGUAGAACGUCGUGUGGUUCGCACCCUAUGUGAUGGUGACUUUCGUGCGUUCCUGUACCGGGGGGAGGAGGGAUGCACAGGUUUUGGCCGAAAACCCGGGAACGCGGUGGUCCUGUCCCCGGAGUGGCUUUUUAUUUUUCUGAACAUGUUACUCACUCAUGUUUAAAGAUCCCCUCCAAAGUUUGUGUCGUGGAGAUGAAUUAGUAUUCCUCAAUGGUGGAUACAGUUUGGCCGUGUUCGGCGUGAAUUCUUACCGUUAGCGGCAUGCUAAAUCAGGAAAAAGUACCCAUAUUUGACCAAGC